CGGUCGUGUUUUGUCAUUCGCUCGCUUCAAGUCAGUCAGUCAGUUACCGGUUUGUUAUUGUUAUAUAUUUUAUAAUCUCUAUCUUCUUCCAAAAAAAAAAGUAUAGAAUAAAAGUACCGAGAAUAGACGUCGCGUCGUAAGCAUAUGGAAUAAAAAAUAAUAUUAUACAAAAAGUGAUUAAAAACUAUGUUAAAGUCAUAAAAAAAAAUCAAAAAAUGACAAAACCCAAGAAAAAUUGAAAAAAUAAAAAAUCGCACAAACGAUAAACAAUUCAAUACAAAAAAAAAGAAACAAUAAAACACAUCUGGCCCGUUUUCGUUAUCAAACAACGAGACGACAACACAUGUAGCGGUGUGGCAUAGUAAUCAAAAUACUCAGAGAAGGCCAAAACUCACCAAAAAACACAAAAAAUGGCCAACUACGUAAUUUGUCUGUUAGUGCAGCGGCUCAUACUGCCUCUCGUGCUAAUGGCAUGUUUUCUAUUUCGUCCAGUGCUACUAUCAUUGCCAUACUUGUUGUUCCUAUUGUACUUACCAUUCGUGCCAGUGGCGACUAUUAAGAGUAUGAGAGGUCACACAGGUGUCUACUUGGGUACCUUCAUAGGCGUCAGCGUGAUACUCGUAAUCCUCCAAAUUGCCUUCCAAAUAGUCGUUGGCGUCAUUGGCAGUGAUUUUCUCGCGCACUGCGAAUUCCUCGAAAAACUUUUCCGUCACUUGGGCUUCAUAAAGUUGCAAGGAGUGCCAUGGCAGCAAUGGAUAUUGUGGUUAUAUCCGGAAAUUUUGGCAUUUAUUACGUCGGUUUGCGUUUAUUGCGCCUUGCAAAAUCUCGUAAUUGGGCAUUUGGCGCCUUUGGAGGAAGGAGAAGAACGAGCGCCUUUGAGCGAACGCCCCGAUUACGACGCGGGACCAAGUCAAGAGCAACUGAGCGUUUUAAUGAGCAUCGGAAAACUCGCGUCGAUCGUAUUUUUGUUGUUUGCUGCCGUUUUUCAUCCAUCUGCGAUUAACGGGAUUUACUUUUUGGUCUUUUUGGGCGCUGCUACUUGGUGGUCUUGUGCAAAAGAGUUGGAAAGAGGGUUUGGAAUUGUCUUGAGAUGCACGAUGGUUGUCUUUGUUGUUCAUAUUUUGACGUUUAUGGUUUACCAAACGCCAUGGCCUCAGGAGUUUUUGGAUAAAAAUAGCACUGUAGCGAGGGUUCUUGGCUUCACACCUCUCAUCCAAUCGUCAUGCAAUGAGACCUCGAGUAACCUCACAUUACCAUUAGCUCUCACAGAAACAAUUUCCUUUGAUGACACAACAACGCCGGAUCCAACAAACGUGACUUCAACAACUCCUGCUCCCAUUAUUGAGCCAAUUAAUGACAUUCGGGUCAUCCAAUUCGCCGAGUACAAUGCCGAUUACUACCUCAAUCCAAUUUUUCUCAUUUUGUGUUAUUACACAAUUGCACUGACAUCAAGUCUGUUACUCCAACCAAAGGAAAGACAUCAACAUGGGGUCGAAGAACCUCCUAAUGAAAGGACACCCCUAAUGCGUGGCGGAACACGCAAAAUUCGCGACAUCAAAGUGCAAGCGACGCCUGGCGUGCCGACAGUACCUGGCGAUGUUAUCCAAAUGGAGGAAAUGGGAACUACUCCUGUUCCAGAAGAUGAGCAUACGACGUUUGGCGAGCAACUGUUGAGUGGUCUGAAUAACGUUAUUUCGUUCAUUUACCAAAAUAGCUACAUUUUUACGAAUGUCGUCAUGAUGUCUUGGAGCAUCGUUUAUCACAGUUGGUUUGGCUUCGUUUACCUCAUCUGGGCGAAUUUAAUUUGGAUUUUGCCUAAACAACGCAUGAACAUGUUACGAUCGAGUCCAUUUUUAGUCCUUUAUGCCGAAGUAUUACUUUUAAUCAACUACAUUUAUGGAAUGGAUUUAACGGAGGAAGAGUUACCAUCAUGGGUUAAGACUCAAGGCAUCAGUUUGGAACAAAUCGGAAUAAUUCGCGUGAAAGAGUAUCCCUGUCUUCCGCUCAUCCUCAAAUCAACGUUCACGGGCAUGUUUUGGAUCACAUUACGUCAAAUGAUCCAAGAAAAGAAGGCACAACGGAAGAGUUCAACGCUCGCCGAUAUGGUAGCUCCUCUCACAGUCACCGUGAGUCCCGCUACUUCUGCCCUUUCGCGUCGCCAAGAACCAAAAUCCUCCGAAUUCGUGACAAAAUUGGGAAAUAUCAUCAACGCAUUCCUCGUGAAAGGCUGGAUUUGGGUCGUUGCCAUUACUUUGUUCAUUUUUGGCAUUUCUGGCGGCGAUAAGAUGACAAUGUUCCGCAUAACGUACAUGGCGUUAUUCCUUUUCUUCGUCAUCACGUUCCAACUAUCACUCGAGACUUGGCGCAAAGUUUUGUACGGAUUUUGGUUGGCUGUCAUCAUUUAUUCGAUGCUGAUCUUAAUUCUCGUGUACACGUAUCAAUUUGAUCGCUUUGACGAGCAUUGGCAAAAUAUCACGCACAUUUCCAUAGAGCUCCAACACGAUAUUGGUUUGGAAAAGUACGAAACGAAGCAACUUUUUUUGCAUUUGCUGACACCAACGUUGAUCGUCAUCAUCACAGUGAUCCAGUUGCACUAUUGUCACAAGAAAUUUUUGCAAAUUUCGGAGAUUCCAAGUCGACCGGAUGGCGAAACGGAAACGCAAGUCGAUGAAACGGACUCGAAUUCGAUCUAUGGAGGCAUUGAAAAUUCCGAAGAAGAGGAAAAUGUUAGUCGGAGACCUUCGAAGAGGCUGAAACUUGUGGAAAAAAUGAAAAAUCGAACGUUGACGAAGAAGGAUUUCAAUAAAGCUUUGAAGAUUUUCGUCAAUAGAGUGCUUGAAUUGACGGAAUAUGGAUGGGUCUUCCUCGAAAUUCAUUUCUUGAAGAUUAUUAUGGUUGUUGCUUUUUAUUUGGCGGUUCAACAUGUUCGUUUCCUUCACAUCAUCUUCGCCGCCGUAGCUGCUCUCGGAGUCGGUUGUCGAUCCCAAAGUCAAAUUCUCGCAAGUAAAAUCGCCUCGCUCUUCUGCAGCAUUUUGUUAAUUCUCAUGAUGAUCUACCAAAUCGAGUACAUCAAAGAGGAGGAUUACGCCUACAAUUGUCAUCCAAAUGCCACGAUGCCAAAUCAAACGAUGCCCGAGACACGAACAGUCCUCAACAAUACCGCAAUUUGGUUCGGUUUCAUCAAAUCCAGCCCGAAUAAUCCGCUUUCGAAGCUAAUUCGCCCGUAUUUGGUCUACAUUGUCAUCGUGACGGUUCAUUCUGUCGUGACUUUGCGACAAACAAUCCGAAGAAUUCGCUUGGGACAACCUGUGCAGCCAGCGAAAUUGCUUUUCCCGAAAAUUGUGAGAAAAGACGCCGAUAAGGAUAUUCCGCAUUUGAUCAUGUAUUUGUUCAAUUAUGGAUUUUACAAGUUUGGCGUGGAAAUUUCGUUGGUUAUGUUGACGUUCGUUAUUGGAAGAAGGAUGGAUAUUUAUGCUUUGUUGUAUGCGUUUUGGCUUUGUGGAUUGUUUACGCUUGAUCGGGCAAAGUUGAGUAAGAUUUGGGGAUCGUUGAGAUGGUUCCUCGUUGGAUCGAUCACAAUUCAGUAUUUGACGUUUGUGGGAUUGCCUCCGAGAUUGUGUAUUGAUUACCCAUGGACAACUCGCUUAUUCGACGGCUUCCAAAUCUGGGCGAUGCUUCCUGACAACACAAUCGAAUUCCGUUCGCGUUCUUACAUCCUCUUAUCUGAUUUCGUUCUCCUACUUGUCGUUUGUCGCCAAUUAAUUGUUUUCCGCAUCGAAGAAAAGUACAAAAACAACGCCAACGAUUAUUCCGGAGGCAGCAAUCAAUCUGUCGUCAAAGACAUUGACGAACUCGGACAAGUUCCUUUCACAAAUCCAACGCCUGAUUUCGUCGAAAAGAUCCGAAAUUGGCUCGACAUCUCCAAACGAAUCCUUUUCCUCGUUUUCUUCUGGAUCACACUCGCGAUCGUCUUUUUGGCGGGAACAAAUCGCGUGAAUCUCUUCUCGAUCGGAUAUUUGGUUGGAUCGUUCACGUUCCUCUGGCAAGGAACCGAUUUCUAUCUUCGUCCCAUUCGGUUGAUCCUGAAAUGGUGGAAUAUGCUGAUCGGUUACACGGUUUUUGUGAUCUCGCUGAAGGCCUUUUUGCAAAUUGCCGGAUGUUUUUACAUCAAAGAUCUCAUGGGAAGUUAUUGCGGAUUGGUGCAGUUGUUGGGAAUUUCGUGCAUUUGUUAUCCGAAGGCAAUUGAUGCGAGUGAUUUGGAGAAAUGCAAGUUGGAGAUUGAUGAUGUCAAGUUGCUGUGGGAUGGAGUCUGUUUUGCUUUCUUGCUGAUGCAGAAGAGAGUCUUUUCGAGUCAUUACUUCUGUCAUAUUAUUAAUGAGACGAAAGCGAGUACGAUUUUAGCAUCAAGAGGCGCUGAAUUAAUUGAAGAACUCCGCGCAAAAGAGAUGAAAGUCGAACAAGAACACGAAAUCGAGGUCUUACAAAAGCUCAAAGCCAAAAUGGAUCGCAUCAAAGCCACACAACAAAAGCUUUUGGAAAGCGUUAAGGAGCCUCCUCAUCACGCCAAAGGUGCAAGGUUGAUAGGACAAAGAUUUGUCGAGCCUCGUGCUCAUGCAAUUCGAUCCGGCGAUUAUUACAUGUUCGAUGCCUUGGAAGACGAGUACAAAUUGGAAGAGCCCGAAGACAAGGACGAGCUAACAGAGGAAGAGAAAAAAACCAAAACAGGACGAAGGUUAAGUCGAAAAAUGACUUUGGGUCAGGAUGAUGAAACCACUGAAGCUGGACUCGAAACUGAAGCUGGAAUUGUCACUCAAUUCGACGAUCCUCAACCAAGUACGAGUAAAUCUGAUUCCGCAACUGCUGAAGAAGAAGAAAUGUCAAAAUUAAUUGAAGAAGACAAAAUUCGGAAGAGUCGUCUUCAUUUCUCGGGCUUGAAUCUCGUUCUGACGUUCAUUAAUAGUUUUCUUGUGUCACUUACCAUCCGUCUCCAUCGCAUUUCGCGCAAUUAUCGGUUCGUGAUGCGAGUUUUGGCGAAGGAAAAGAGAAAUUUGAAGAAUAAACCGGGAUUCGGUGCGGGAAUGAGGAUUGGUACAAGUAUGGUUUGGACUCCGCAGGCAGCGUCAAGGGCUUCAAGCCGGAAAGGUAGCAUCGUGCCCGAAAUACGGGUACUUGCUCCUUCGUUAGAACGCGGGCUCGACGAUGACCAAAGUUUAAAAGAUGAAGCUUCUAUCAGCUCACCUGAAAAGCAUGAAGAGCCCGAGGUUGAAUCAGAUGAAGAGGAUUUCGCGAGCAAGGAACAUAAUAUUCUUGUUGAAUUGUUGAUAGCUGCUUGGUAUGCUGUACUUUCGCACACGGAUUUUAUUUGUUAUUUGUGCGUCUUUUUGAAUCAAAUAAACUCCGCCAGCAUCCUAUCUCUCCCAUUACCGCUCCUCGUUCUCCUUUGGGGCACUUUAACGUUCCCUCGUCCCUCGAAGACCUUCUGGAUCACAUUAAUCGCAUACACGCAAGUUGUCGUUCUCCUCAAAUGCAUCUCCCAAUUCGACAGUUUAUGGUGGAACGAAGUCGCUUUAACGGACAACGAACCAUUCGCCGCUUCCCGCAUUAUCGGCAUUGAGAAGAAAAAAGGUUACGCAACGCACGAUUUGAUCCUACUUUUAGUCGUUUUCUGUCAUCGUUUCAUCCUAAAAAGUCUCGGAUUAUGGAAAAGCGAUUUCACGGACGACAGUUUGCAAGAAGGCCUUUACAAGGCGGAAGCAAAUGGCACCGACGACAAAAAGGAAAAUGGAUCCUCAGAUGAACGUCUUUACAUCGUGAAGCAAGAUGACGUCGAAGUAAAACUCAAAAAGGUCGAUUCCGAAGCCCAAUUAGGCUCGCAUGGCUCCAAUGACGUCGUUGUCGUCACAAAAACCGUCGAAGAACCGAGCAACUACUGUCCUGGCAUCAUAAAACUCUCCUUCCAAAAAUAUUUGUCAUCAACUCGGGCAUUUUAUUUGCAACUCAUCGAUCGUCGUUCACGAAAAACAGCUGAUGUUUACACUUUGCUCUUUUUAUGCGACUUUAUCAACUUUUUUGUCAUACUUUUUGGAUUUUCCGCCUUUGGAACUGCCGGAGGAGAUGCGAGUGUUUUGUCAUAUUUCGAAGAAAAUAAAGUUCCCGUGACUUUCCUCUUCAUGUUGAUCAUUCAAUUCUUCCUCAUUGUCAUCGAUCGGGCGUUGUAUUUGCGAAAAUAUAUGAUCGGAAAGAUAAUUUUCCAAUUUUUCCUCAUUAUUGGGUUGCAUAUUUGGAUGUUCUUCAUAUUGCCGGCGACGACAGAGAGACGAUUCAAUAGCAGCAAUCCGCCGAUAGUUUAUUACUUGAUAAAAUGUGGGCAUUUGUUGUUCAGUGCUUAUCAGAUAAGAUGCGGAUAUCCAGCGAGAAUUUUGGGUAAUUUUAUUACCAAAGGAUAUUCGUUGUUUAAUAACGUUGGAUUUAAAGUGUUCAUGAACAUUCCCUUCCUGUUCGAGCUCCGCACCCUCAUGGACUGGGUUUGGACUGACACCUCUUUCUCCGUCUUUGAUUGGCUUAAAAUGGAAGAUAUCUUCGCAAAUGUCUAUCAAUUAAAGUGUUCUCGUGUCUUUGAGGACCGCAUGCCUGUUCCGCGAGGUCAAAAAAGAAAACCAAUGAUCAAAUAUUUGAUGGGCGGAUUCAUGGUUAUGUCUCUAAUCAUCCUAAUUUGGUUCCCUCUUGCGUUAUUCGCCUUCAGCAGUGCCGUCGGAGAACCAAAUAUCCCCUUCGAUGUUUCAAUUUCACUCAGAAUUGGUCCUUAUGAGCCCGUUUACACAAUGUCUGCACAAAAUAGUAAAAUUUAUGAACUCAAACGUCAAGAAGAAUGGGAACGCUUCCUGUCGCCGUACAACAAAGACAAAUCCGCUCUAACUUUCUUGACGAGUUACGAAGGCGCUGAUGUCGCUGCCACAGAACUUGGUUCAAAUUCCGCGACAAUUUGGAAUAUUUCGCCGCCCGACAAGGAAAGAUUGAUCGAAGACAUCAACGGAUCGUCUAAAAUCACGGUUCGUCUUCGUUACACGGUUUCUCGCAUCACGCAUUCGAAAGAAGUGCCCGGAGUGCUUUCGGAAGAGCAACAAUACGAGAUAAAACCGGAAGAUCACGAAAUUCGUGACGGUUUGUCGAAAAUGUUGAACCAAAGUGACGCGGAUGUCAAUGUUACAUUCCCCUUCUUGUUCCCGAAAUUCGUAAAAGUGAAGACUUCCGACAUGAAAACGGUGCAUCAACUCACCCCAGGUUCCUUUGAGGACAAUCAAGACAGCACUUUCCGCAAUAUCACGAUAAAAUUGUUCCAAAAUAGCGUAAAUGGCAGCACACAAACUUGGUGGGCCGUGAAUGAAGUCACGAACGACAAAUUUUAUGAUAAUUUCAUCAGCAAAUUGCCGUAUGCGAAGGCAGAUGCGUUGGUCGUUUAUCUCUUUAACGACAAAAUUUUCCCGCAAACGUUGAGUUCCGUAGCAGCUGGAGGUAUUAUCUCAAUGUACGUCAUUUUCGUACUCGCUGCGUUCUUCAAAAUUCGUGGCUUCCUUCUCGGAGCUCAAUCCAAAAUUAUGUUCGAAGAUCUGCCAAACGUUGAUCGCAUUUUGCAAUUAUGUCUCGACGUUUAUGUGGUUCGCGAAGCUCGUGAAUUUGCAUUAGAAGAAGAUCUCUUCGCUAAACUCAUCUUCUUGUACAGAUCGCCGGAAACUCUCAUCAAAUGGACGAGACUCGAGGAAGAACAUGAAAAAACUGAUUAGUGAAAAAAUUUAAAUUUUAAGCAAAAAUGAGUGACGACUGUAAAUAUUUUUUUUCUUUUUCGAAUGUAUUUUUGAUAAAAAAAAAUAAUUUAAAAAAAAAUUAUAAAAAAAAAUUAAUAAAAAUAAAAUAAAAUU